UCCCCUCGGCCCUGGCGCCCCCGGCGCCCCUCCCCCCCCCCUUCCGCUCCCCCCCCUCAAGCCGCGGCUCCGACAUGAGGGGCCGGCGGGGCAGGCCGCCUAAGCAGCCCGCGGCUCCUGCUGCGGAGCGCUGCGCCCUGGCCCUGCCGCCGCCGCCGCCGCCACCACCGCCACCACCACCGCCGCCGCCGCCGCCCGCCUCCGGACCCAUCGGGGUGCGCUCGCGGCACCGCGGCAGCAGUCGGGGCAGGUGGGCCGCCGCCCAGGCUGAGGUGGCGCCCAAGACCCGGCUGAGCUCGCCAGGGGGCGGCCGCAGGAAGCAGCCACCGCCGCCGCCGGCCUCCGCCAGCAGCGCCAGCGGCCUGGGCCGGGGGGGCCGAGGAGGCGGGGGGCGGCAGGACGGGGGGGGCGGCCACCUGGCCCGGACCACCCCGGCCCGCCGCGCCGUCAACAAAGUGGUGUACGAUGACCACGAGAGCGAGGACGACGAUGAGGAGGAGGACAUGGUCUCGGAGGAGGACGAAGAGGAGGAGGAGGAUGGCGACGCCGAGGAAACCCAGGAUUCCGAGGACGACGAGGAAGAUGACAUGGAAGAAGACGACGAUGACUCCGAUUAUCCGGAGGAGAUGGAAGACGACGACGACGACGCUAGUUACUGCACGGAGAGCAGCUUCAGGAGCCAUAGUACAUACAGCAGCACUCCAGGUAGGCGAAAACCAAGAGUACAUCGGCCUCGCUCUCCAAUAUUAGAAGAAAAGGACAUCCCACCCCUUGAAUUUCCGAAGUCCUCUGAGGAUUUAAUGGUGCCUAAUGAGCAUAUAAUGAAUGUCAUUGCCAUUUAUGAGGUUGUGCGGAACUUUGGCAACGUUUUAAGGUUGUCCCCUUUUUGCUUUGAGGACUUCUGUGCAGCUCUCGUGAGCCAAGAGCAGUGCACACUCAUGGCGGAGAUGCAUGUGGCGCUUCUGAAAGCAGUUCUUCGUGAAGAGGACACGUCUAACACCACCUUCGGCCCUGCGGAUCUGAAAGACAGUGUGAAUUCUACCCUGUAUUUCAUCGACGGGAUGACAUGGCCGGAGGUCCUGAGGGUCUACUGUGAGAGUGAUAAGGAGUAUCACCAUGUCCUUCCUUACCAGGAGGCAGAGGACUAUCCGUAUGGACCAGUGGAGAGCAAAAUCAAAGUCCUGCAGUUCCUAGUCGAUCAGUUCCUUACGACUAAUAUCGCUCGUGAGGAGCUGAUGUCUGAAGGGGUAAUCCAGUAUGAUGACCAUUGUAGGGUCUGUCACAAACUGGGAGAUUUGCUCUGCUGUGAGACAUGCUCAGCUGUGUACCAUUUAGAAUGUGUGAAGCCACCUCUUGAAGAGGUGCCAGAGGACGAGUGGCAGUGUGAAGUCUGUGUAGCACACAAGGUGCCUGGUGUAACUGACUGUGUUGCUGAAGUCCAAAAGAAUAAACCAUAUGUUCGACAUGAACCUAUUGGGUAUGACAGAAGCCGUAGGAAAUACUGGUUUUUAAACCGAAGACUUAUAAUAGAAGAAGACACAGAAAAUGAAAAUGAAAAGAAAGUUUGGUACUACAGCACAAAGGUCCAGCUUGCAGAGUUAAUAGACUGUCUAGACAAAGAUUACUGGGAAGCAGAGCUCUGCAGAGUUCUAGAGGACAUUCGGGAGGAGAUGCAGCAGCACAUGGACGUAACCGAAGACCUGACCAACAAGGCUCGUGGCAGCAACAAGUCCUUCCUAGCGGCAGCUAACGAGGAAAUUUUGGACUCCUUAAGAAUCAAAAGAGGGGAAGAUAUUGACUGUGAUCAGAACCCAGAAGAUACAGAAAAAGACAAGAAUGAGGGUGAGAACGACAGCUCCAAAGAUGCUGAGAAGAGCAGGGAGGAGUCGGAGGACCAGUCCCCAGACAAGGACGCUGACGGCAAAGUCCUGGAGGAAGAGCCCGGGCAAGGCAAACCUGAGGGUGAUUUCAGAUUGGACAAGUCCAAUGGAGAAGUUUCCGAGUCCCCUGGAACUGGGAAAGGAACGUCUGGGUCCACUCGCAUCAUCACCAGACUGAGGAACCCGGAGAGCAAACUCAGUCAGCUGAAGAGUCAGCAGGUGGCAGCUGCAGCCCAUGAAGCAAAUAAAUUGUUUAAGGAGGGCAAAGAGGUGCUGGUGGUUAACUCCCAAGGAGAGGUGUCACGGCUGAGCACCAAAAAGGAGGUGGUCAUGAAAGGGAACAUCAACAAUUAUUUUAAGCUGGGUCAGGAAGGGAAAUACCGAGUCUACCACAAUCAGUACUCUACCAAUUCAUUUGCUCUCAAUAAGCACCAGCACAGGGAAGACCAUGACAAGAGGAGGCACCUCGCACAUAAAUUCUGUCUCACUCCAGCUGGGGAGUUCAAAUGGAAUGGGUCUGUUCACGGGUCCAAAGUCCUCACCAUCUCGACGCUGAGACUCACCAUCACGCAGCUGGAGAGCAACAUCCCUUCGUCCUUUCUUCACCCCAAUUGGGCUUCACACAGGGCUAAUUGGAUCAAGGCCGUUCAGAUGUGUAGUAAACCCAGAGAGUUUGCAUUGGCUCUCGCAAUUUUGGAAUGUGCAGUUAAGCCGGUUGUGAUGCUGCCGAUAUGGCGGGAGUCUUUAGGACACACCAGGUUACAUAGGAUGACAUCAAUUGAAAGGGAAGAAAAGGAGAAAGUUAAAAAAAAGGAGAAGAAGCAGGAGGAGGAGGAGACGAUGCAGCAGGCCACGUGGGUAAAAUACACGUUUCCAGUGAGACACCAGGUGUGGAAACAGAAAGGCGAGGAGUACAGGGUGACAGGGUACGGCGGCUGGAGCUGGAUUAGCAAGACACACGUUUACAGGUUCCUUCCCAAGUUACCAGGCAACACGAAUGUAAACUACAGGAAGCCCUUGGAAGGAGUCAAAAAUAAUAUGGAUGAAAAUAAGGAUGAGUCAGAUAAAAGAAAAAGUCCACGAAGUCCAAAAAAAAUGAAGACAGAAUGUGACUCUGAGAAAGGUGAGGCGAGAGAUGCAGACUCCACAGCUGGGGCCACGGCAGGCACAAUGGAGCUGUCUAAGGUGCCUGAGAAGGAGGACCAAGAUGUAAAAGAACUUUUAGAUCCUGAUAAUGACAAACCGUUCAAGGAAGAACCAAUGGAGAUCGAUGAGAGUGUGAAAACAGAGUCACACAUGAACAGUGAGGAGAGUGCACAGGUAGAUGUGGUCAAUGUCAGUGAGGGCUUCCACCUACGGACUAGUUACAAAAAGAAGACGAAGUCCUCUAAGCUGGACGGGCUUCUGGAACGGAGGAUUAGACAGUUUACACUGGAAGAGAAACAGCGCCUUGAGAAGCUAAAGCUGGAGAGUGGGGUGAAGGGGGCAGGCAAGCCCCCCACAGGUGCUGUGAAAAGCUCCUCUGAGCCUCCGCUGUCCACAAAAGCAGACGAAGGGCACCAGGGUGACUUGCUUAGACAGGAGCAGAGCCCCACUCCCGGUCAGCCUGGUACUGCGGACUUGGGGCUGGGGGCCUCACAGAGUGAUCCCUUGGUUCUUGGCAUCAGUCCUCCUAGUCUCAGCACGGGCAAACCUGAUCCAAAAGGUCAAGUAUUAGAUGAUGUCUCCAUUCAGAGUCCGGGGCCAGCCUGUCAGGGGCAGAACUCUGUUGAAAGCGACCUAGAUGCCAGGAUCUCUGAAGCUACCAGUAAGGGACUGGAACUAAGUCAGACAAAAACAAAAGUGACUGACUCUUUGACUGAUGACUCUAAACCAACCAGUGCAGACGAGGGUAGCACUCUGAUCUGUAAGAGCAAGAAGCCGCUCCCACAGGACGAUUGCAGCACUGCUGUGUCAUCUUCUUCCAAGAGUACUUUACCUGCACCAGUCCCUAAAAGUCCCCGUGACAGAGACGCCCGGGCCUUCCCGAAAGCAAUGGACUUGGAUGGGAGACUAGGUGGUGACUCUGAAUAUAAUAGCACUUUGGAAAAUAACUCUGGUACUAUGUCUAUGCGGGACAGCAGUGAAGAAGAUAUGGUUGUUCAGAAUAGCAAUGACACCACCUCUAAACGGUUCUUAACGCCAGACCAAGGCAUGGAAAGUACGGAGCCGACAAAAUGUCAGUUAGUUUCUAAGUCCACUGAAAAUUGUGACAACAGACUACAGGGUAAGGUAACUGAAGCAAAUGGUAAGAAACUGGGCCAGCAUCAAAAGCCAGAGGAGAGGGCAGUUAACAGAUGUGCCGACCAAGUUAGCCUAAGACACAGCGCUGACAGAAAGAACAGUGAAGCCCGAGAGUCUGAAAAGAGAGGACAGAAAGCAAAUAAAUUUCAAAUAAAUGGCAAAGAUAGUAAAGCUAAGGGGUAUCUGAAGGGACCGGGCAUGAAGGAUGUCUCUGAUGGUAAAGUCAUGAGUGGUGCUGUUGAACCAAAGGUCAAUAAUAUCAAUAAAGUCAUCCCUGGAAAUAUCAAGUCACUGGCUGGGAAGGAAUCUGCUGUGAAGCCGUUUGUUAACGGCGACAUCAUUAUGGAAGAGUUCAGUGAACAAAACCCUUCAGAAACCAACUCGUAUUCACUGAGUUCUUCAGAUGCCAAAGGUAAUCACCAAGAUGGCCUCCAUACCCUACCAUCCACCAAAGACUCUGCCAGUACCCAGGUAAUCAUACCCCCAGCCCCUUGUCCAGAUCGGAACUCACUUAAUCAGGUAGAAGAUAUGGAAACUGAAGGUCCAGAGGUUAAGAAAGUUACCCCGUCUCCCAUUACUACUGGAGAGGACUCUAACCUCGGUAAAGACGUCAUGGAUGAAAACGGUCUACCUUCCAGCAAAGAUGAGAAUGUCAAUGGAGAAUCCCAAAGAAAGACGGUCAUCACAGAAGUCACCACAAUGACAUCCACUGUUGCCACAGAAUCAAAAACUGUCAUUAAGGUAGCAAAAGGGGACAAGCAAACUGUGGUUUCUUCCACAGAAAACUGUGCCAGAUCCACUGUCACAACUACCACCACCACUGUGACAAAGCUCUCCACACCCUCCCCAGACAGCGAUGUGGAUACCAUCUCUGUAAAGGAGCAGAGUAAAACCGUGGUCACCACGACAGUGACAGACUCCCUGACCACUGCAGGAAGCACACUGGUGACAUCUAUGACAGUGAGCAAAGAGUACUCCACAAGAGACAGAGUAAAGCUCAUGAAGUUCUCAAGACCCAAGAAGACCCGCUCAGGGACAGCCCUGCCAUCCUAUAGGAAGUUCGUUACCAAGAGCAGCAAAAAGAGCAUAUUCGUGUUGCCUAAUGACGACUUGAAAAAGCUGGCCAGAAAAGGAGGCAUCCGGGAAGUCCCGUACUUCAAUUAUAACGCAAAGCCCGCCUUGGAUAUAUGGCCAUACCCUUCUCCUAGACCAACCUUUGGCAUCACGUGGAGGUAUAGACUUCAAACGGUAAAGUCCUUAGCAGGAGUGAGCCUGAUGCUACGGUUACUGUGGGCCAGUUUGAGAUGGGAUGACAUGGCAGCCAAGGCUCCGCCAGGAGGAGGGUCUACACGGACAGAAACAUCUGAAACUGAAAUCACCACCACAGAGAUAAUUAAGAGGCGUGACGUGGGUCCCUAUGGCAUCCGGUCUGAGUAUUGUAUCAGGAAGAUCAUUUGCCCCAUUGGAGUUCCAGAAGCACCAAAAGAAACACCCACACCUCAGCGGAAAGGCCUUCGAUCGAGUGCCCUGCGGCCAAAGAGACCGGAGACGCCCAAGCAAACAGGCCCUGUCGUCAUUGAAAGCUGGGUGGCCGAGGAGGAGCUGGAGCUCUGGGAGAUCAGGGCUUUUGCUGAGAGAGUGGAGAAAGAAAAGGCUCAAGCCGUGGAACAGCAGACGAAGAAACGUUUGGAGCAGCAGAAGCCUGCAGUCAUCGCAGCGUCCACCACGUCCCCAACAAACAGCACAGGCAGCACUGUCUCUCCAGCUCAGAAGGUGAUGGUGGCUCCCUUAAGUGGCUCGGUCACCCCUGGGACAAAGAUGGUGCUGGCCACAAAAGUCGGCUCUCCCGCCACAGUCACAUUCCAGCAAAACAAGAACUUCCACCAGACUUUUGCCACGUGGGUGAAGCAAGGCCAGUCCAACUCAGGUGUGGUCCAGGUACAGCAGAAGGUCCUGGGUAUCAUUCCAUCGACCGCAGGUCCAAGCCAGCAAACCUUUACUUCAUUCCAGCCCAGGACUGCAACUGUCACAAUUAGGCCCAAUACCUCAGCCUCCGCAGGAACCACUACCACUUCACAGGUGAUCACAGGGCCUCAGAUCCGCCCUGGCAUGACUGUGAUUAGAGCGCCACUCCAGCAGCCAGCACUAGGGAAGGCGGUCAUCCGAACACCAGUGACGAUGCAGCCAGGUGCACCCCAACAAGUGGUCACUCAAAUCAUCCGGGGACAGCCUGUUUCCACUGCCAUUUCCGCUCCCAGUACGGCUUCUUCAGCACCUGUGCAAAAGGGCUUAACUCCAGGAGCAGCGGCUGGCACUCUGCAGCCUUCAGCCCCACACAGCCCUCGUCCUCAGCAAGGGCAAGUGAAGCUCACCAUGGCUCAGCUCACCCAGUUAACGCAGGGCCACGGCGGCAACCAAGGUUUGACAGUAGUGAUUCAAGGACAAGGUCAGACUACUGGACAGUUGCAGCUGAUACCUCAGGGGAUGACGGUCCUCCCAGGGCCAGGGCAGCAGCUCAUGCAGGCCGCGAUGCCGAAUGGCACCGUUCAGCGUUUCCUCUUUACCCCACUGUCAACACCAGCCACGGCCGUCAGCAGCAGCAGCAGCAGCACUAAUGCAACAGCUACAGGCUCAGGUGAACAAAAACAGAGUAAAUUAUCUCCCCAGACCCAGGUACAGCCAGCCACAACCCUGGCACCGACUCAGUCAUCAAGUGUGAGUCCUGCAGAAGCCCAGCCACAGCCUGCUCAGCCUGCAGCACAGCCCCAGCCCCAGCCCCAGCCCCCAGCUCAGCCUGAAGUCCAGACCCAGCCAGCUGUCUCGUCCCAUGUCCCUUCUGAAACACAGCCCUCCCAAGCACAGUCAUCUAAACCCCUGGUUGCAACACAGUGUCAGCCUCAGAGCAGUGUACAAGGACAGUCUCCUGUUCGUGUCCAGAGCCCACCACUGACUCGAAUACGUCCAUCAACUCCAUCCCAAGUGACUCCUGGACAGCAACCCCAGGUUCAGACUACAGCCUCACAGCCGAUUCCAAUUCCGCCCCCCACAUCUCUGCAGGCACCUUCCCAAGGCCAGCCACAGUCACAGCCCCAGGUACAGUCUUCAACUCAAACUCUUUCAUCAGGACAGACAUUAAAUCAGGUUACUGUUCCAUCCCCAUCCCGUCCUCAGCCACAAACGCAGCAGCCACAGCCCCAAGUCAUCGCUGUGCCUCAGCUCCAGCAGGUCCAGGUUCUCUCUCAGAUCCAGUCGCAGGUUGUGGCUCAGAUACAGGCUCAGCAAGGUGGUGCGCCCCAGCAGAUCAAACUGCAGUUGCCCAUUCACGUUCAGCAGAACAGUGCUGCGCAGACCCAGCACGCUCAGAGUGUGGUCACAGUGCAGGCAGCCAGUGUGCGAGAGCAGUUGCAAAGGGUUCAGCAACUCAGGGAUCAGCAGCAGAAGAAGAAGCAGCAGAUAGAAAUGGAGCGUGAACACACCCUCCAAGCUUCUAACCAAAGUGAAAUCAUUCAGAAACAGGUGGUGAUGAAGCAUAACGCUGUGAUAGAACAUUUAAAACAGAAAAAGACCAUGACUCCAGCGGAAAGAGAAGAAAAUCAAAGAAUGAUUGUCUGUAACCAGGUGAUGAAGUAUAUUCUGGAUAAGAUAGAUAAAGAAGAAAAGCAGGCGGCCAAGAAGCGCAAGCGGGAGGAGAGUGUGGAGCAGAAGCGGAGCAAGCAGAAUGCCAGCAAGCUCUCUGCUCUGCUGUUCAAACACAAGGAGCAGCUCAAGGCCGAGAUCCUGAAAAAGAGAGCGCUCCUGGACAAAGAGCUGCAGAUCCAAGUGCAGGAAGAGCUGAAGAGAGACCUGAAAAUGAAACGAGAGAGAGAGAUGGCACAGGUGAUACAGGCCAAUGCUGCCGCAGGGCCCACACCCUCAGUGCCAGCACCAGUGCCAGCACCAGCACCGGCGGCCCCUCCAGCUCCUCCUUCUCCGCCUCCCUCCACACACAGUCUGCCACCUGCAGGCCACCCCACUGCCCCACUGCCUGUCACUUCCCAGAAGAGGAAGCGAGAGGAGGAGAAGGACUCUAAGUCCAAGAAGAAGAAGAUGAUCUCCACCACCUCAAAGGAGGCCAAGAAGGACACCAGGCUAUACUGCAUCUGCAAGACGCCAUACGAUGAGUCCAAAUUUUAUAUCGGCUGUGACCGGUGUCAGAAUUGGUUCCAUGGGCGCUGUGUUGGCAUCCUGCAAAGUGAGGCAGAGCUCAUCGACGAGUAUGUCUGUCCACAGUGCCAGUCAACAGAGGACGCCAUGACAGUGCUCACACCUCUCACAGAGAAGGAUUAUGAGGGCUUGAAGAGGGUGCUGCGCUCCUUACAGGUUGGAGUUAGUGGAGCUGGAGAGGUGGCCGAGCAGGUAGGACAGCCGGCGCUCUGCCAGCAGACUGGGCUUCAGUCCUCAGCACCCAGAUUCACGGUGGGUCGCAUCAAAGGGUCUGCCUCCCUUCUCCCUACGGCUCCUGCUCAGUACACGUACAUACACGACCUUGCCACCAUGGAAGAAAGAAUACAAAAACGGUAUUAUGAAAAGCUGACAGAGUUCGUGGCAGAUAUGACCAAAAUUUUUGAUAACUGCCGUUACUACAAUCCCAGUGAUUCCCCUUUUUACCAGUGUGCAGAAGUUCUUGAAUCAUUCUUUGUACAGAAACUAAAAGGAUUCAAGGCCAGCAGGUCUCAUAACAACAAGCUGCAGUCUACAGCUCCUUAGGACUCAGCGUGUCACCUAAGCUAGACACAGCAAGUCUGGCGCUCUGAACUAUUUAAAUUAAAGCGCCAGAUGUUUUCAGUCAGGCUACCCUGACAAGACUUGACCGUAGCCUCCUUCAUAUUGGUCACAACAGUCCAGUUGUGUUCUUGGCCAAUUUUGUCCAACGGACAAAGGAAAAGCAAAGUCAACGGCACCGUUGUCUUGUCGAGAGCAAAUGGCUUUACUGUUGUGGCAGAAGCAGGAAGCUUUGUUUAUUGAAAAAAAAAAAAAGAAAAAGCAAGAAAAAAAAAAGAUACUAUGGGGUCAAAUGUAACUCCGUGGAAAUGCCACAUCUGCUCUUCAGUGAAGAAGCUGUUUAGAGUCUCACAGAAAACUUUUUGACUGUAUUUAUUUAUUGUUGCAAAAAAAGACGCUUUUUUAUUGCUGCCCUCAUUUGUCAGCUAAUUAUUUUUUCUUAUAAAAAUCCAGCCCUGGUUCCGUGUAUCCACCCUAUGUCCUAUCAUGAUUCCAUAGGUGAAGUCCAAGGCGACCUCUAGGUGUCUUUUCUUUCUAUGAAAGGAGCUGCUAUGGACACACGUGCACACACAACUGGGAAUCAGCAAUGAGCUUAUUGGUCACGGGAGACACAAAUGAAGCUUGCAGGAAGGUUGGGCUAAGUGGUCCUGGACUUGAGACUCCGUUGCCUUGAAUACACCAGUACAAAUUGUCAUUUACUCCGCACCAGGCUAAAUGAGCAAAAUCUAUUUGAAGGUAUCUUGUUUGUAAACAUUUGUCAGAUUCUAAUUUUUUUCUUUUUGUAUUAAAAUUCAACUAUGGAUGUAUAUGAAUCGAAAUAAAUGGAGAUAAUUUUUCUCCCACAGACAGAGGUCUCUUUGAAUGUGCUCUAUGAUUCCCUGUAAGCCUUUGUGGGGACAGGGGAAGGGGUGGACCAGGAAUGACAGGCAGACCUGGAUUUUUCCAGAAUAGCAGAGGCCCUUCCUUUCCUAAGUCCCUUGUCACCACAUCAGAGGAAAUCUCUAGGGAGCUGGCCCCCUGCAUCACUUGGUCAUACCUGUAGUAACCGGAGUAUGACACGGAACAAGUUGCCUUCAUCCCCCCUUCUGUAAUUAUAGGCAAAUUCCCAGUCACAGGCAGCUCCCUGUGUGGGAUGAAGAGUGUUUGCUGGCUGGGUUCCUUUGGGUUCUGUUUGUUGCAGUAGAGCAGGGUAGAGGACAGAGCAGACAGGCUUACCCUGCAUGCUCCUCCUGCAAGUACUCUCCCCCUCCCCUGUGAGCUGCUUGCUGUGUUGUGAAAAACAGCGGGAAUUGGAUCAGGCGGCCUCGGGGAUGUUCUCCUAGAUUUUGCACUAGUCCCAUAUUAGCCUUGUCCUGCUGGGUUCUAGAAUCUACCUAGUUCUUGUUUUUCUUAAAAGUCUUCUCUGUGCUGUUUGGUGUCACCCUGCUAUGCAAAGCCUUCCACAGCCCUUAGUUUCUUCAAAGGAAACUGUGGCAACAGUUGCAAUUCUUUCUCAUGACAGGCUCAGGUGUACAGGUUCUGUUGAAGCCCUACUCCUCCCUCUCUGUACAUAAAAUGUCACUUUAGCCUAUGCUUACAACUAAAGAGACUUAGCUGCUCAAUAUGGUAACAAAGAUUUUGCUUAAACUAUUAAGGUGGAAGUAGUUAAAUACAGGCUAUUUUGUCCUUUUAGUUUACAAAAGGAAAAAUGUUCCAUGUUGUAAGCACUAUGCUGAUGCAAGAAUUCUACAUCCUAAUGAUUUAAAGUGAUUCUGCAUCUCCCCAGGCCCAGUAUUCCUGUACUUACUAUCUAUUUAUAUAUCUAAGUAUAUAUGGGCUUAAUCACUUAAGCUUGUUCCAGCAAGAGCUUUCCUACCUGUAGGCAAUAGAUUGCUAUGUUUUUAACAAAUUGUAGCAAAUUCUAAAUAAUUUUUUUGUACGUGAUAGGACAUUUCAUCCUAAAAAAAUAAAAGUAAUGUUUUUGACAUUGGAUUCUGUGCAGUUUCUAAUGAAACAAUGGUUGGUUGGUUCAAUGUUUGCUAUAUUUUCUGAAGCUGUUGGCAUUGCCAAGUUGUACAGAAAAAGGGGGGGCGGGGUGUGUAUUUCUGAGACCAGGAAGAUGUUAAUUUCUUAUUUGUGUAAUUAAUGGUAUAAAGACUUUUGCGAUUUCUAUCACCAUAUAAAGACAUUUUAUAAUUUUAUCAGACUAUAGAGUUUUAGUCUUUCAGAAGGAAUUUUUGGAAAACGUACAUUCUUAUUUCAAAAGCUGCUUUUCUACAAAUCUCAUUUGACAUACUUCUGCUACUCAAUAAAGGGUUAAGCUGUCUGCUUCGGCAGACCAAAUGGUCCGCUGAGCAUUUGUGAUGUGGCUAGGGUGUCUCUGCUCACCCUCUGUGCCUGUAAGUUGUACUUCUUUGCUUUGAUAGAUUUCUUUGGCUAAAAGUAUUUUUUAGCAUUUCCUGUGUUCAUCUCCAAACUCACAAUUUCCGGCCAUUUCUUAAGAGAUAUUUUCAUAAUAGCGCUAAAGCUUUUUUUUCUCCUGUGCGAAUUCUUCAGGGUUUGUAUUUACUGUGCUAUGCUAGGUCCAAGAAAUUGUGAUCCUUUGGAGAUGUUUUCUACAGUCAAAAUGACCUUUUUCUAUUUGGCGUGGCCUGGAGUGCUGUGUAGGGACCCUGACAAUGUGCUGCUGCUCUUUGUAACCUUCCCUCUUAAGAUCUGCAAAUAAAACUUCUUUCCCUG